UUAUGUUUAUGUUGUCAUUUUCAGUUUUUGUGAAAAAGGAGUUCGGGUCAGGUGUUUUGUCCAAUUUUUUUUUGUCUGAUUGGAAAAAAUGGAAAAUUUUCGAGAAUUAAUAGUUGACACUCAUCUCAAGAAUCCAAAUGCGAGUUAUGCUGAAAUUGCGAGAUUGACUGGGAAAAAUCGUGCCACCGUCCGGCGCCUUAUAAUACAUUACAAAAAACUAAAUACUAUUGCCCGGAAGCCAAGAUGUGGCCGAACGCGUGGGACUCAGAACAUGUCGUUGGAAAAGAUGGUAAUAGAUAUUUUCGAGCAGCAACCCAAUAUUUCCGUACGAGAUGUUGGCAGACAAUUAGGAGUACCUUCGUCCACGGUCCAGAAAAUCAAGAAGAGGAAUGGUUUGGUACCCCUCAAAAAUCCGGCUACUUCAAAUCGGACCAACAAACCGAAUCAAAAUGCUAAAACCGCUAAACCGAAUUCGAGGAAACUCAACGACAAAAUCGUCGUAAAAGAUCUCCGAGUGGCACUUCUUCAGCUCAAAGUGGGCAAAAAUAAGGAGGAAAAUGUCUCUCGAGCUAUUCAAAAGCUCCGUUCAGUCGUGGCAGAUUAUGGACCAAAAUCUCCCAGUUGGACAUCCAGGAAUAGCAAGUUUCUCUGCAUUUUGCCAGAAUGUUUCAAUUCUCCUUGCGGCGUUAAAUACUUCAAUAAAUAUGCCGAAACCAUCCCUGAUGGGUAUACCUCUCAACAACUCUCAAAGGUGGCCAAAGAACUGGGAAUUUAUCUAAUCGCUGGAUCAAUUCCUGAACGAGAGUCUCAAGGUUGGUCAAAUUUGUACAAUACUUGCACUGUGUGGUCUCCCGAGGGAUCUCUCAUUGCGAAGUACAGGAAAAUGCAUCUCUUCGACAUCGACAUUUCUGACAAGAUUCAUUUCCGAGAGUCUGAGACAAUAAGUCCAGGAAAUGCUCUAACCACAUUCGAGAUUGACAAUGCUAAAAUUGGCCUUGGAAUCUGCCAAGAUAUGCGGUUUGAAGAACUGGCUCGAAUUUACCGAAAUGAAGGAUGCAAUUUCUUGGUGUAUCCAGGAGCUUUUAAUAUGAAAGCAGGUCUUCUUCAUUGGACCCUCCUGCAACGAUCAAGAGCUAAUGAUACUCAAUCUUUUGUGGCUGCGGUUUCUCCGGCUCAAGACGAGACCUCUGAAUAUGUGGCCUAUGGACAUUCUUCCAUAAUUGAUCCCUAUGCAAGAAUUAUGGUUGACGCUGGAGCCGGGGAGAACACUGUUGUCAAGGAUCUAGAUUUCUCUGAAUGUGAUAAAGUUCGAGCUGUAAUUCCCUUAUCAAAGCACCGACGAGAGGAUAUCUACUACCAAACUCUACAAAACACUUUUUAUUGUUAUUAGAGUGAGUCCUGGAAUUUGUUUAAAAAAGCGGAACUUGAAUUAAA